CUUGAUAUUUUCCAUUCAUCUCUUCCAGUUUUCUGUUUCGGGAACUCAGAAACAAUGGCUGCAGUUUCCAUUUGUGAACGUUUGGGUGAAUCUCUAGCUACUCAUCCACAGCUAGCAAAGUCUAUCUUCUCAAGUAUUGAAAGCCUCGGAAAGGGUAUCCAUAAGUCUCAGAAGCUGCUCUCGGUUCUUGAAAAGGAGGCCGGGAAACAACCGCUUGACGGGGUGGUCGUUGACGUCUUGAGGUCCACUCAGGAAGCUGUGGUGUCGUCUCCAUCGGUUGCUCUUGCUAUUCGUUCGGCUCCCGGCGUUUGGGAGUACAUUGCAGUGGAGGUACAAAAGCUUUUUGUGGAGGAAUUGCCGGUUGCUGAGUACUUGAAGUUGAAGGAGGAGAUUGUUGAUGGAAGCUCCAAUGGCGGUGAGUUCACGUUGGAAUUGGACUUUGGUGCAUUCAACAACUCUGUUCCUCGUCCAUCUCUUUCCAAGUCCAUUGGUAAUGGCAUGGAAUUCCUCAAUCGUCACCUUUCUUCCAAGCUGUUUCAAGAAAAGGAGAACUUGAACUUGUUGCUUGAAUUUCUCCAAAUUCAUUGCCAGAAGGGAAAGGGUAUGCUGUUGAAUGAAAGAAUUCGAGAUGUGAACUCCCUGCAACAUGCAUUGAGGAAGGCAGAGGAGUAUCUGAAUUCUGUACCAUCCGAUACCGCAUACUCGGUUUACGAGAAAAGGUUCAAGGAGAUUGGUUUGGAGAAGGGAUGGGGCGAUAAUGCCGAGCAUGUUCUAGAGACGAUCCAUCUUCUUCUGGAUCUCCUGCAAGCACCCGAUCCCAUCACACUCGAGACGUUCCUCGGAAGAAUCCCGUUGGUCACCAAUGUUGUUAUCAUGACUCCUCACGGAUACUUUGCUCAAGACAAUGUUUUGGGAUACCCUGACACUGGUGGUCAGGUUGUUUACAUCUUGGAUCAAGUCCGCGCCUUGGAGGAAGAGAUGCUUCACCGGUUCAAGCUGCAAGGACUCGACAUUACCCCACGUAUCCUGAUCAUCACUCGACUUCUCCCUGAUGCUGUAGGAACAACUUGCGGUCAGCAUCUCGAGAAAGUUUAUGGAACCAAGUAUUCCGAUAUUCUUCGUGUACCCUUCAGAACCGAGAAGGGAAUUGUACGUCAAUGGAUCUCGAGAUUCGAAGUCUGGCCCUACUUGGAAACGUACACAGAAGAUGUUGCGGCUGAGAUUACCAAGGAGUUCCAGGGCAAGCCUGAUCUGAUUAUUGGAAACUACAGUGAUGGAAACAUUGUUGCCUCUUUGUUGGCACAUAAGUUUGAUGUUACACAGUGCACCAUUGCGCACGCUCUCGAGAAGACGAAGUACCCGGAUUCAGACAUCAACUGGAAACAGCUCGAGGAUAAGUAUCACUUCUCUUGUCAGUUCACUGCCGACCUCAUUGCAAUGAACCAAACUGAUUUUAUCAUCACCAGUACCUUCCAAGAGAUUGCUGGAAGCAAGGACACUCUUGGCCAAUACGAGAGUCACAUGGCUUUCACUCUUCCGGGGCUCUACCGUGUUGUUAAUGGAAUCGACGUGUUCGAUCCUAAAUUCAAUAUCGUCUCUCCCGGUGCUGAUAUGAACAUUUACUUCCCUUACACGGAAGAGAAACGGAGGUUGAAGCAGUUCCACCCGGAUAUCGAAGAGCUUCUUUACAGCCCUGUUGAGAAUGCAGAGCAUUUAUGUGUCCUGAAAGAUCGGAACAAGCCGGUUCUGUUUACCAUGGCACGGUUGGACCGUGUUAAGAACUUAACCGGACUCGUAGAGUUCUAUGCCAAGAACAGCCGGCUGAGGGAACUCGUUAACUUGGUUGUAGUAGGUGGAGAUAGGAGAAAGGAAUCCAAGGACAUAGAAGAGAAGGCCGAAAUGAAGAAGAUGUAUGAACUUAUCGAAAAAUACAACUUGAAAGGACAAUUCCGAUGGAUUUCAUCGCAGAUGAACCGAGUGAGAAACGGUGAACUCUAUCGUUACAUUUGUGACACCAAGGGCGCUUUCGUUCAGCCUGCUAUUUACGAGGCCUUCGGCUUGACUGUUGUUGAAGCAAUGACCUGUGGACUACCCACAUUCGCAACUUGUUACGGUGGCCCUGCGGAGAUCAUCGUCCAUGGCAAAUCGGGGUUCAACAUCGAUCCUUAUAACGGUGAUUUGUCCGCCGAGACACUCGUUAAUUUCUUCGAGAAAUGCAAGGCUGAUCCAUCUUUUUGGGAUGAGAUCUCUCAGGGAGGCCUGCAACGUAUACAGGAGAAGUAUACAUGGCAGAUUUACUCUGAGAAGCUAUUGACUCUCACCAGUGUUUAUGGCUUCUCCAAACACGUUUCUUACCUCGAACAACGCGGUCGCAAGCGUUACAUCGAGAUGUUGCACGCGUUGCUGUAUAACAAGCAAGUCAAGACUGUUCCUCUUGCCAUUGAGUAAACAAGAAGCCGAGGUUGCUUGGAAUUUCCAAGAAUGAUUGCUAUUUGAAUUUUGUUUUCUCCACCUUGUUUCUUUUUUUAACGUUUAAUUUCAGCUUGGACUAAAAUGUCCCUCUUUGAAUUUCCUCUCCAAGUUGGAAUGUUUUGAACUUUGGGUCUUGUCCCAUUUAUUGCAAUAAAGCCU